GCGAAGUUGAAUAAUUUUGAUAAGGUUAUAUUGAAACAACAUAUAAAAGACUUCUCAAGUUGAAUAAAAAGUUAAAACGUAAAAAAACGACGUUACGAACAUAUAAAAUUGUUAAAGAUGGGUAUCCUGAAGUUUUACAAGGCACCUGGAUUAAAGACGGGCCAGCUGAAAAGCAAACUGCACAAAGUGUCGCAAAUCGAGGCAUCGGUGACGGAUCUUGAGACCGAGCUAUGUUACUAUGUGGAAACAACCGAGCCGCUUCAGGAAGAGGAAGUCCGAAUAUUGAAGUGGAUCUUGGCACCUCCCUUCGAGCGAGAAUGUUUGCGAUGUGACAGUGUGUUCAAUAAAACUGAAAAUCAUGCUAUUGUUAUUGAAUUUGGACCCAGAUUGAAUUUCUCGACAGCAUUUUCUAGUAACGCAGUUUCCAUAUGUAAAUCUGUCAAAUUGAAUAAAGUAACAAGGAUAGAAGCGGCUAUUAGAUAUCGCAUCAAGCAUAAAGGAACGUUUGAUAAAAAAGUAGAGAAUGCUAUUGUAGAUGUACUGGGAGAUCGGAUGACGGAAUGUAGAUACGUAAAACCCAUCGAAACGUUUGAUCAUGGCUUCAGGCCAGAGAAAUGGUUCGAAGUUGAUGUAAUUAAUAAAGGCAGGCAAGCUUUAGAAGAAGUUAAUACGAAAUUGGGUUUGGCAUUUGACGAUUCGGAUUUAGAUUUUUAUACAGAAUUAUUUCUCCGGAAGUUGAAACGCAAUCCAACUAGUGUGGAAUGUUUCGAUUUAGCGCAAUCUAAUAGUGAACAUAGCCGUCAUUGGUUCUUUAAAGGGCGCAUCGUUUUGGAUGGCAAAGAGGAAAAACAAUCCUUGAUCGAUAUGGUCAUAGACACGCAAAAUUAUUCGAAUCCGAACAAUGUUAAAUUCAGCGAUAACAGCAGCGCCAUAGAAGGAUUUCAAGUCUCCGUCCUGCGUCCUAUAAAAACUGACAAAUGCAGCAAUUUUCAUCUAGACGAUGUCAAACAGCAUCUCAUUUUUACAGCGGAGACACAUAACUUUCCAACUGGUGUGGCACCUUUUAGUGGUGCUACAACUGGCACUGGAGGUCGACUGAGGGAUAUUCAAGGUAUUGGUAGAGGAGGGAAUUAUAUAGCGGGCACUGCAGGUUACAGUGUUGGCAAUCUCCACAUUCCAGACUACGAUUUACUAUGGGAAGAAAAGGAUGCAAUUUAUCCCAACAACAUGGCAUCGCCGUUAGAAAUCAUAAUUGAAGCUAGCAACGGUGCAUCCGAUUAUGGAAACAAAUUUCGAGAGCCAGUUGUGUCCGGUUUUGUACGCUCUUACGGAGCAACGGAUAACGCAGGAGUCAGACGAGAAUGGAUCAAGCCCAUAAUGUUCAGUGGAGGAUUAGGAACCAUGGAUGCGAAUUUUGCUAAUAACGUUCCAGCAGAACGAGGUAUGAAAGUAGUCAAGAUCGGCGGGCCAGUCUAUCGAAUCGGCGUGGGUGGCGGUUCGGCGAGCAGCGUGGAGGUACAAGGCGAUAACAGUGCCGAACUGGAUUUCGGUGCUGUGCAACGUGGCGAUCCCGAGAUGGAGCAAAAAUUGAACCGCUUGGUGCGUGCGUGCGCGGAGAUGGGCAACGGCAAUCCAAUUCUCAGUAUUCACGAUCAGGGUGCCGGUGGUAACGGCAAUGUCCUCAAGGAACUGGUGGAACCCGCCGGUGCCGUGAUCUUCACAAGAAACUUUGACCUCGGUGAUCCUAGUAUCAGCACGAUGGAACUUUGGGGCGCGGAGUAUCAAGAAAGCGACGCGAUCUUGUGCAAACCGGAGGACGACGGUCUGUUGAGGAGAAUCGCUGCGCGUGAGAAGUGUCCGAUCAAUUUUGUCGGCACUGUUACCGGAAAUGGAAAACUUAUUGUUUCCGAGGAGGAAAGCUGCGAUGCCUCGAAGUAUCUUAAUUACGAAGAUAAAAACUUGGAUAGUAGCAAGCAUCCGGUGAAUCUGGAAUUGGAUGUUAUUCUUGGGAAAAUGCCUCGCAAGGUCUUCAAUCUGCAGAAGGUGUCGCCGCCGAGAUUCCCGAUGAGCCUGCCCGAUGGAUUGACCGUGCCUAGCGCUUUAGACAGAGUUCUUCGACUGCCUUCAGUAGCUAGCAAACGAUACUUAACAAACAAGGUAGACCGUUGCGUGACGGGCUUAGUAGCCCAGCAGCAAUGUGUCGGUCCACUGCACACGCCUCUGGCGGACGUCGCCGUGAUAGCCAUUUCACAUUUCUCUGUGGAAGGCAUCGCGACUUCCAUUGGCGAACAGCCGAUUAAGGGACUCGUGAAUGAAGCGGCCGGCGCUCGCAUGACGGUGGCUGAGGCCCUCAGCAAUCUGGUGUUUGCGCGAAUCUCCAGUCUUCGAGAUGUCAAAUGCAGCGGCAACUGGAUGUGGCCGGCAAAACUACCCGGCGAGGGCGCUGCGCUUUAUGAAGCCUGCUCGGCUAUGUGUUCGUUGAUGAAGGAGCUUGGAAUUGCGAUCGACGGCGGCAAGGACUCGCUCAGCAUGGCCGCGCGCAUCGGCAAGGACGUCGUCAAAGCACCCGGUACUCUCGUCGUGUCCUGCUAUGCGCCGUGUCCCGACGUUCGCCAGGUAAUCACUCCGGAUCUCAAAGCUCCUGCCGCGGGACGGCAGGGUCGCUUACUCUUCGUCGAUCUGUCCGGCGGGAAGAGCCGGCUCGGUGGAACAGCCCUGUCUCAGGUCUACAAUCAAUUGGGCGACGACGUGCCGGACGUUGAGAACGCGCAGGCUUUCAGAAGCGCCUUUGACGCCACGCAGCAGCUGAUUGCCGACAACAAAGUUCUCGCCGGUCACGAUGUUAGCGACGGUGGACUAAUCACGUGUCUUCUGGAGAUGUGCUUCGCUGGAAUAUCCGGGAUAAACGUCGACAUAACUCACAAAUCUGCAUCCGCCAUUGAUGUUUUGUUUACCGAGGAGGUUGGCUGGGUGCUGGAGGUCGAUGAGAAGUACUGCGAUGAAGCGAUAGGAGUGUUCCAGCGCCAUGGAGCACCCGUGUUCCUCAUCGGAAAGUCUGUAGGCCUUGGACUGUUAUCGGACGUGAUCAUCAAGGUGCACAAUAACGUCGCACUCAACACCACCGUAAUCGAAGCGAUGAACAUGUGGGAAGAGACCAGUUACCAACUGGAGCGCCAUCAGACGAACGUUAUCUGUGCUCUGGAGGAAUUUACCAGGCUGUGGGAACGUACCGUUCCAGCCUAUCGGCUAAGUUUCGAUCCCCUUAGGUCUCGUUCAAUACCGAAAAAUCCGUCGGGACACAUCAAAGUAGCGGUGAUACGAGAGGAAGGUAUUAACGGGGACAGAGAGAUGGCCGCUUCUCUGCUGGCAGCCGGUUUCAACGUCUGGGACGUCACGAUGCAGGAUCUACUGGAACACCAUGUCACCCUGGAGGUCUUCAGAGGUGUUAUCUUCCCCGGUGGCUUUAGCUACGCCGACGUCUGCGGUUCCGCCAAGGGAUGGGCGGCUAGCUUUCUCUUCCAUCCAUCGUUACGCGAGCAGCUGCAACGAUUCGUCGCUCGCGAGGACACAUUCAGUUUAGGAGUUUGCAAUGGUUGUCAGCUGAUGACGUUGCUAGGAUGGGUGGGCGACGAGGACGUUGAGAACGGACCAGGGAAUUUGGACCACAAUCUCUCGGAGAGAUUCGAGUGCAGGUGGAGCACGGUCAGAAUCGAGAGCUCACCCUCGAUCAUGCUGAAGGGGAUGGAGGAUAGCGUGCUGGGGAUAUGGAUAGCUCACGGAGAGGGCAGGUUCACUUUCCGUGAGGAGGUUUUGCAAACUCUCAAGAGGAACAAUUGCUUACCAAUCAGAUAUACGGACGAUCAUGGUAAUUCGACCAUAUCGUAUCCUAUGAAUCCAAACGGCAGUGUAAAUGGCAUCGCAGCCGUUUGCUCCAAAGACGGGCGACACUUGGCGAUGAUGCCGCAUCCUGAGAGGUGCACGCAAAUGUGGCAAUGGCCUUGGAAGCCAGUGGAAUGGGACUUUAAAGACUCGCCGUGGCAGCGAAUUUUCGAUAAUGCAUACACCUGGUGCCAAGAGCACAGCUAGAUAGAUAUCUGUCAAAUUCAACAUAUUCAUUAAUGAAGAAUUUUAUAACAAUUUUCUAUCGCUGCUUAUAUUUUUUUUAUAUAAACUCUCUUUUCAUACAAUUCUCAAGAGUUGAACAUAAGAAGAGUCUGAAAAUUAUAAGAUAAAUAGAUAAAUAAGCAAUAAAAUUCUUAAAUCCAAGAUAAU